GCUCGACCAAAAAGGACAUUUCGGCUUUUGGUCAACAGUCGACGCAUAUCACCCACAAACGUCGACUCCUCUUCCCCCCCCCUCCCCUUGUCCUUAUCUCCGCCUCCUCCCCGGCGGUUCGACCAACUGAUCAUGCCAUCGUUUUCCAACGACGUCGCCGCCUACCCAACAGCCACCGUUACGGCUACACACCCUCGGCCAUUCGACCCAUCGCAAGGCAAGCCCAACGAGAAGAACUCGGUGGGGAAUACGUUUCUUUGGACAAAUUGGCCCAAUGGCGACGCUAAUCAUCUGGAAACUCCUUCGAACGAUCGCCAGCUCACAAACGGUAGCGCCUUUGCCCUGAAUGGUCCGCGAUCCAGCGCCAGUUCAUAUACCCGGGAAUUGCCUCAUUCGAAGGACGGUAGCAUGUACUCAUUAGGAAACGGGUCAGCUCGAGAUCCCAAGGAGGAUGGUCGGCCCUCAGCGAACCUGGAACGGAAUUUAUCCGACAAAUCCCUGGACACGGUCACAGGGGCAGGUUCUCCGGCGGCAUCGAUCGCAAGCCAACACAUUAACGGCACACUCAAUUCCCGAUCGCUUAAUGGAAAACCCUUGGUAAACGGAGAUUUCAACCGACAAUCAACCGACGAGUUUCACACCCCGGAAUACGCAGGCAAUGCAUCGGCGACCCGUUUAUCCACCUCUCCACCUGACGACGCUGGCCGUCUUUCUCCCGAUCCCGAUCGAUUAUCUCCCUCGCAGAAAAGCCCUCAUCGCUAUUCUUCCCCUCCAGCCCCGGAAAAUGGUAUUUCGCCGGACCAAAGCAACACCAGUCUUCGCCAUCGACACACAUUACAAGUCCCGCGCACAACGAGCGGGCGCCGUGGUAGUCGUGAUCAGUCGGAAGACAUGGCUUAUAGUAGCGGUCGCCUGUCUCCCACCACCGGAACCCGCCGGACAUCCUUUAGCCUGGCCCGACGGGCUACUCGAACCAACCAGUCGGAAAGCUUACAAGACGAAGCAGCUCCCGACGAAGAUGCAGCCCGCUGGGCAGAAGCCAUCAAACAAAGGCGAGCCUCGAAACGAAGACGUCGGGACGAGGACGAUGAUGAUCGCGUCAUCGUAGGAACCAAGGUGGACCAGAACCACGUGAAUUACGUGACGGCCUACAACAUGUUAACCGGAAUUCGUUUCACUGUCUCGAGGAUUAAUGCCAAAAUGGAUAGGGAGUUGACUCCCGCGGACUUCGAGGCGAAGCACAAAUUCUCGUUUGACAUAACCGGCAAUGAAUUGACGCCUUCUGCGAAGUACGAUUUCAAAUUCAAGGAUUAUGCGCCCUGGGUUUUCCGGCACCUGCGAGCAAAGUUUCGACUCGAUCCAGCCGACUAUCUGAUGUCACUCACAAGCAAGUACAUCCUGUCGGAGCUGGGGUCUCCGGGCAAGAGUGGAAGCUUCUUUUACUUCUCCAGAGACUACAAGUACAUUAUCAAGACCAUCCACCACUCCGAGCACAAAUUAUUACGCAAGAUCCUCCCCGAGUACUACCGGCACGUCGAACAAAACCCAAACACCUUGAUUUCGCAGUUCUAUGGUCUUCAUCGUGUUAAGAUGGCUUAUGGGCGAAAAAUCCACUUUGUUGUCAUGAACAACCUCUUCCCUCCGCAUCGCGAUAUCCACCAGACAUUCGACCUGAAGGGUUCCAUGAUUGGCCGUGAUCUGCGCGAGGAGGAUUUGGAGAAGAACCCGCGAGCGACCUUGAAGGAUUUGAAUUGGGUUCGGAGGAACCGCGAGAUACAGUGUGGCCCGUCUAAACGCGACUUCUUCCUCGCUCAAUUAAAGCGAGAUGUCGAAUUACUAAAAAAACUCAAGAUCAUGGAUUACUCACUAUUAGUGGGAAUUCACGAUGUAGAAAGAGGCAACGAGGAAAAGCUCCGCGACAAAACCUUGCAAGUUUUCCAACCGGGGGGUGAUCGCGAGGAAGAUGCAAACCCCAACAUGUUGAUGCGCACACCGUCCAAACUGGAAAACGAGCGCAAGGCCCGAGAACUUCGGAUGCUCAUCAAGCGUGAGCGUCCAGUCCCAUUAGACCAAGCAACUGCGAAAAUGCCCGAUGAGAUUCUUGACGAGAGGAAAUACCACGUCUUUUACGCCGAUGAUGGAGGGUUCCGCGCCACUCAUGAGAACGGCCAGCCUGGCGAAGAGAUUUACUACCUUGGCAUCAUCGACUGCUUGACUCACUAUGGAAUGGUGAAGAAACUAGAGCACUUCUUCAAGGGUCUGUCCCACGAUCGCACUCAAAUAUCGCCAAUUCCCCCAGAAAGUUAUGGAGAUCGUUUUAUCAACUUCAUCAAGGGUAUCACCAUGUCAAAAGAAGAAGCACAGCGACAGCGGGAAGCCAAGGCCAUGGGAGAACCGUCCACGGAAAGAACACCUUCUGUCGAAGAGACCAUGCAAGCAGCAGAACGAGAGGCAUCGAGGGAGUCAUCCAUUGUACAGCCUCGAACCCUGACGACGGUGCGAGAUCCUAACGACUCCGGCGUUCUUGCACCUUCGACACUUCCGAUUGUCGAAGAAGCAGGCGAGGCCAGCAGCCUUGGUGGCCACAGUUCACACAGCCGCCAUGGCCCACCUCUUCCCGAGAAGGACCUGCCACCAAUUCCCCACCAGAACGGUGCGCCUGUAGUCGGCAAAGGGAAGGGGGUCGUUCGCAACGGGCAGCCUGAAAUGGUUUCUGUCUCUGGCAGACAAUAAACCUCCCCAUUGCUGAUUUUGAACCGACUUUUCAUGAUAUCCUCGUUCGCAGCUCUGCACACCUUUCGCAUCAUAUACAUACCCUGGCGCCACGGAUCAUCCGCUUUCCUGCACGCGACGCAUCUUCACCUAUCCACAUCAUUCCUAUAGUCCUCAUGUUGCCACGAGUGAUGUUAACUCCAAUCAUACCAUCGGGCGCCAGCCCCUAUGGUCAGAAUCCCUGUUUCGACAUCUUGAAUACGUUCCACUACCUUCUUUUGGUCACUAUAGCGGUAUUAUCCGCUCAAUCAACACAUUCUUUCCCAUCAUUCCCACCCGGCAUAGCGGACACAUCUG